AUAGAGGCGGUCGGGAAGGCAGAGGCGGAAAUGAUGCGAAUGAAAGCCGCGGCCUAUAAACAGUACGGAGAGGCAGCCAUUCUGUCGCUCACUCUCGAAGCACUGCCAAAGAUUGCCGCCGAAGUGGCCGCACCUUUAGCUAAGACCGACGAAAUAGUGCUCCUCAGUGGCACUAACGGUGGCUUCACUGGAGAUGUUACUCGACUCGUGUCUCAAAUACCACCCGCUGUUCACGCACUUACAGGUGUCGACCUCUCUAAGACUAUUGUCAUAGUAUUCAUACCGUUAGCAGUGGUUAGGGCUAUAGUGAACACUAUCAACACUAUUACCUAUACUUUUGACGUCCACUUGAGUGUUGAAUCGAUGCUCAGAGGGUUGACUGUAUUGAACACUCGCGUUGUCUCCACUCUUACCACUCUUUCCACUCGUAGUCAUCGAUGUAUUGAUUUGGUGCACAGUCUUAGCCAUAGUCACAGCCAGUGUCACAGCCAUCGACUGAUCCGUGGCUUAGCUCUUCACUCGAAUCAGUUCUCGCAGUCAUUUGUGGCCAAAAGCAUCGCAAACAGUGUUGUCUCGCAAAGUGCCGCUCGUCUCAACACAUCCCAAGACAUGCCUCCA